CAAUAUGUACUGAAUACACACUAUACAAUGGUAGUGCCACAGUAAUGCACUGUGCAUUUGUUGUGUAAGUACAUAGUGGCUGGUACAGUAGGCGCUGGGUUAAGUACGAAAAGAUUAAAAUAUAAUCAGAGGCAGCAGAAAAGAAAGAAGAAAGAAUACUUUCAACUAAGAGUUGUAGUUUAACACAGUCAUGUAUUCAUCUGAAAAGUGCAAGAGAAACACAGACAGUAUUGGACAUAUGAAGAAAAACAACAGAUGGAUUAGUAAUGUUUUAAUUAUCAUAUUAGUAAUCCAGAACAUAUGUCCAAGUCAACAUUCGUCUUAAAUUACAGGAGGGAAAAAGUUGUAUCUCAUUAUCUUACUCUAGACUAUUUCAAGCAUUAUGGUUGAUGUGGUGUUUUAUCACAUGUAUGUUUUUAGAGGGAACAAAAUAAUACAUUUUGAGAGAUUAAAUGCCAUAAUGUUUCAAGUUUCUUUUAUGGCUACACUGGUGGAAUUAAUCAUUGUACAUUAUAUCACAUACAACACCAGUGCAAGCAUAAAGGACACAUAUGCAAAUGAAGAAACAUGCAAUAGCCUAUACUGCUCCACAAACCAUACAAUAAUUACUAACUUUAGUGUGUUCAUUAACUGUAUGGCUUUGGGAAAUAAGCUCCAGUUAAAGCAGUACAGUAUACUGUUUGAAGGAGUGGUACCAUACUUAAGUGUAGCUUUGACAAACAUAUGACUUGCAUAUUUUUAUUCUAUGGUACUUCAUAUGAAAUUUCAGAAACUGUUCUUUUUACUUCCCUGCAUUUAUCCAACUGCUUGAGUCAUUAGUUUCUUUGCAGAUUAAGAGUUUAGGCUACACAAAACCAACCAUGUGACCUAUAAAAGCUAUAAAACAUUGUUACAGAUUAUCUACCCAGCAUUAUGUAUAAUUGUUGAAUUUUACAGCCAAAUACAGCUUUAAAAUGCUGCUUCCUGGUAAAGAAAAGAAAAAGAAAAAAAGAAGCAAUUCUGCAAAAUAAGCACUUUUACUUUUCAAAGUUUAAGUACACAUUGUUGAUAAUACUUCUGUACUUUUACUCAAGUAUAAUAUUGGUAUUGUUACUUAAGUAACGGAUCUGAAUACUUCUUCUGACAUUGGUUUCUUUACAUAUUAAGACUUUACAUUCAGAACAUAUGAUGAAUUUAUUGGACUGAACUGCCCAAUAUCAAGAAGUUAAAUUAGCUACACCUUGACCAACAACAGUAAAAUGUUACUUACAUGUUAGGGUGUCAGUGCUAUUAACAAUGCAGUAAUUUAAUACAUCAUAAUAUAGCCUAACACUCACAGCCAUUUUCUUGUAUUACUUUUUGAAAUUUGAUGUUUCAUUGAUACCUAAGUACCUAAAUAAGUAAAAGUGUACUUUUACUAUGGUAAUAUUUUUUAAUUAUUUAUUUCCACCACUGCCAAUCCCUGACUGUGUAUAAACAGUCAGUAGUGAAAUAAGUAUUCAGAUGCUUCACUUAAAUAAAAGUAGCAAUACCACUAUGUACUUUUACAUUAUCAUCAUACCAUCAUAAUGUAAAGAAAAAAGAAAACACUCAAACUUUCACUUCAAAGUAAAAGUACACAGGUAUCCAAAGUAAAACUAUACAGCAUGGCCCCCAGAGUGUUACAUUUUUAUACUGUACAUAUUUUUUUAUGUUUUGAUUUUUAUUGUUGUAACCAGUUAUGAUGAAGUUAAUUGUAACUGCUUUGUUGGGUAGGUUAUUAAAAUGUUAUUAACAUUAAUGUAUGUUGACAAAGUACGUGGUUAUUAUAUACUGACUUGCUCACUGACUAUACAGUCCAACCAUGCUUAUGUUAAGCACGUUGAACUGCCAUUGUGUAUGAAGUGCUAUACAAAUACAAUUGACUUAUAGUUGUGGAAUCAUGGAGGGAUCUACCAUGGGCUAUCUGGGCAAGUGCCCAGGGCCCUCGAGUAUAAAGGGGCCCUCAAUGAUGGGAGAAAAAAAGAAAAGUGCCUGCUUUUUUAUUGCCGAGCUCCACAGCAAAACUACACAAAGCUUGACCUUUUCUCUUGAUUUUGAUAAUUAUGGUUACUAUCAGAAACCUACUAUGUCCAAAACAAAACAUGGAGUUACUUGCUUUCCACCUGACAGCAGCGUUAUCCAAUCGGAAAAAAUAUUUAAUAACAAUUGUUUCCAAGAAAACUGGGUCUCAUGAUUGAUUUUAAUUAUUUUUGACUGGUUGGGUGUAAGUGAUUAUUGGUUAGCAGGCCACAGUGCACUGUGGUUAGGUUGUAUCAAUGAGUGUGGUGGGGAAAAUGAUCAAUUAGAGGAUAAUGGACAGUGCUGGUGGAAAGCAAAAAAAGGAAAAACAAAAAGGAACAUAAAUUUACAUUUUUGGGGGGUGGGGGUGAGGCGGGGUGUUGUUCAGUAGUGCCCAGGGGUCCCUGGCGGUAAUAACCCAGCCUUGUGUGGAAUAAAUGUAGAUGGGGGUAAAAUGCCCAAUAUUUGAGAUGUGGUUGCAAAAUAAAUAAAAAGUAGCAUAAAAAUGAAUUAAUAAAGUCCAAGCACCUUGGUUCUGUACUUAAGUACUCAGGGUUGGGAAGAUUAAUUUGAAAAUGUAAUAGGUUACAGAUUAUAGUUACCUUAUUUAAAAUGUAAUAAGUAAUGUAGGCCUAACUAUUUCAAUUACUUAAUCAACGUAAUGUAACUUAUUACAUUUGAUUACUUUUUGAUUACUUUUUUCUAAUUUUCUAACUAAUGUUUUCAACUGUUAGGGUAAGUGUACCCAUUAUGCCCACCAAAAUCUAAUUUCAGGUGUUUUUCAUGGAUACUGACGUAUGAUGUAUAAGGGAGAUCAUUUCUUAUAAAGCGAGAUUUAGCUUUCAUUUGAAUAUGUAUUCAUUAUGCUAGUUCAUUUAGAUUUUGGAAUAUAAAAUAAAGAUAUUUUAUGAAAAAAAUCAAAAGUCUGGCAUGGGCUUAAUUGGUACUGUGACACCAUUUAAGCCCAUGUGUGCUCCAAAUAAACCCACGUCAUGAUUUAUUGACAAUUUAUAGAAAAAUCUUAAAGGUCUGACUUCAGAUGUAACCCCCCCUAAUAUUAAACAUAUCCAUAAGUAACUUUAAUUUAACUACACAUUUUUCCCAGUAACAGUAAUGGAUAACAGUUACAUUUAUUGUGUACUUAAAUUACGUAAUGCCCUUACAUGUAACUAGUUACUCCCCAACACUGUAUCAGUGUAUCAGUACUCCUGCUGUGAGCUGAACGACUUGUAGGAAAUGACCGAUAAUAACCUCCCCUGAACUCUCGCGAUACCACGAGGCGGAAGACAUGAGCCCAAUCUUCCGUACUACUCAACGGGAGCUGCUUCUGUUGUGCAGCAACCAGCGGCACUUUGGGGCGAGAGGAGGAAAGUGAGCAGUUUGUUUUUGUAAUUAGCCACUGAACGAGAGCUGCUAUUUGUUCGUCCAAGAGCGAAGCGCUGUUUUUGCCCUACCCGGUGGAGGAUUAAGUGUUUUUCAUGUUGUGCACUUCCCGGUGUUUGCGUGAAGACUUCCAACUGGUGAGUCGCAUCAGUUCGCCCGGAGGGUCAUCGUCAGCGACGACACCCUCUGCUCCGGUAACGUCAGCUGUUUAGAAAAUGACCGGAGAGAAGGUCCGCUCCCUGCGCAAGGACCACAGGCCGAGCAAGGACGAGGAUUUACUGGAGCCGGACGAAGAGGCUGCAACCGGGACGUUCACCGCCUCCAAGACGAACAACAAGAGUAGAGCGAGUAAAAUCUUCAGCAACCACAAGUUAAACAAGUCGGCAUCCUCACAACAGCAGCAGCAGCAGCAACAGAACCAGCAGCAGUCGCAGAUUAAUGCCAACACGAACACACUGUCAACAUCGGAUGUCAUCGAUGACAACAACAAAAACCCCAUUAUCCCAACCGGGCAGGACUUUCCGGUACACGAAUGUGUGUUUAAAGGAGAUGUCCGACGCCUGUCUUCGCUCAUACGGACGCAGAAUAUCGCCCAAAAAGACGUCCAUGGAAACACACCGCUGCAUCUCGCUGUCAUGAUGGGAAACAAAGAGUGUGCCCAUCUGCUGCUGGCCCACAAUGCACCAGUGAAGGUGAAGAACGCUCAGGGAUGGAGCCCCCUUGCAGAGGCCAUUAGUUACGGAGACCGACAGAUGAUCACGGCACUGCUGAGGAAGCUUAAGCAACAGUCCAGGGAGAGUGUGGAGGACAAGAGGCCAAAGCUGCUGAAGGCCCUGAAAGAACUUGGAGACUUUUACUUGGAGCUUCACUGGGACUUCCAAAGUUGGGUGCCUUUGCUCUCCAGAAUCCUGCCUUCAGAUGCGUGUAAGAUCUACAAGCAGGGCCUCAACAUCAGGUUGGACACCACCCUCAUAGAUUUCACAGAUAUGAAGUGUCAGCGCGGUGACCUCAGUUUCAUCUUCAACGGCAAUGCCAUCCCCUCCGAGUCAUUUGUUGUUCUGGACAACGAACAGAAAGUCUACCAGCGGAUACACCAUGAGGAGUCAGAGAUGGAAACAGAGGAGGAAGUGGACAUUCUGAUGAGCAGCGACGUGUACUCAGCCACACUCUCCACCAAGUCCAUCACCUUCUCCAGGGCGCAGACUGGCUGGCUGUUCAGAGAAGACAAGACGGAGCGUGUGGGAAACUUUCUGGCAGAUUUCUACUCUGUGAACGGCCUAAUGCUUGAGUCCAGGAAGAGAAGGGAGCAUCUGAGCGAGGAGGACAUCUUGAGGAACAAAGCCAUCAUGGAGAGUCUCAGCAAAGGAGGGAACCUGAUUGAGCAAAACUUUGAGCCUGCAAGGAGGCAAUCUCUAACACCCCCUUCACCCAACACUAUCUCCUGGGAAGAAUACAUCACUGCUGACAAUGGAAAAGCACCUCAUCUAGGAAGAGAGCUAGUCUGCAAAGAGAGCAAGAAGAACUUCAAAGCCACGAUAGCCAUGAGUCAAGACUUUCCUCUGGGCAUUGAAUCGUUAUUGAAUGUUCUGGAGGUGAUUGCACCCUUCAAGCACUUUAAUAAACUCAGGGAGUUUGUUCAGAUGAAGCUCCCCCCUGGCUUUCCUGUCAAACUAGACAUCCCCGUCUUUCCUACGAUCACGGCCACAGUGACAUUUCAGGAGUUUCGCUACGACAAGUUUGACGAAUCCAUAUUUACAAUUCCCAACGAUUACAAAGAGGACCCCAGCCGCUUCCCUGACCUUUAACCUCUCAAGAUGAAGAUCCAACAGGAAGCAGCAAGCAAAAAAGGCAACAUAAUGCUACAAAACAAACGUUCAAUGCCCAAGGAAAAAAACUAAGAUCAAAACAGUGGUGAUCAUUUCUUGCCAGGUUAUGGAUUUACCCUGAAUACACACGUGACGAUCAGAGCUGGUGAACAUGACAAAAGUGGCAGAGAUGUGGACAUCUCUUUGCAUUAACAAAGUGUUACGAAGAUUCUGAACAUCCCAUCGGUGAAAGGGCAUUGAAGUUAAAUGAGCAACAGCAGUCACGGUGUAAGUGGAGAAAAGACAACCGGUUCAGCUGAUGCUCUGUAUUUAAGUAUGUAAGUUAUGUUCAUAAAGGGACUGUGUUUAACUGACUUGUAGUAAAGCACUGACAUUACUGUGUGAGAUGUUGCAGAGGAAUUCCACUAAAACUUACUUUUUAGGUUCUUUUUCCUGCGUAAAGAAAUUUUCUGCAGAAAAAAAAACUCGAUGCAAAAGAUUUAAAGUCAGUAAGACGUAAAAUUGUACAUAAUCGAACACACACCUGUUACACAGGUGCAUAUGAAUCUAUACUUUUUCACAGUUACUUCAAUUCUUUGACAUGAAAUUUAGAAAAUGAUCCCUAAAAUGUACUCAGCAUUGAUUAAAAAAAAAAAAGUCCUUUAAAAUGCACUAAACAGAAAAUCCGUUUUGGUAAAUGUUUUGUGAAUUUGCUGCUUUUGUAGAUGAACAACCUAAAAAUCAGUUUUCAUUGAAUUCCACUUUAAAUCUGCACAUUAUAAAAUCAUAUGAGUGUGUGUUUGUAACUCUGAUUUUCAUGGGCACGGAGUAGCAUCACUGAACUUUUUGGCACUAUUUAGAUCCACUACAGCUACUCUACAUUCAGCCGAGCUUGUAGACACUCACUUUGUGAUAACUCAACCUUUAGUCCUACAUUUGAAAUAUUAUAGUUACUUUGAGGCAACGCUAUAAAUGCUGCAGAUUUGUAUGGUACCACAAAGUCCCUUUGUUUGUUUGAGUGUCUAAAUCUUUUGCUUCUUACUUCACCUUUGUAAACUGUGUUUAAAAAAACAACUGUACAAUCCUGCUAAAAGAAGUGAAAACUCUGGGUUGUAUAGUGAGUAAAUGUUAGGGAAUUUGAAUGAUUACAACAUUCAUGCCAUUUUUACACGCAAAGAAAACCAGGCUUUUCCCCUGCACAGUAUGUAAAUACAUGUUUUUGCUUUUGUCUUUUACUUUUAUUAUUGUUUGUGUCAAUGAGUUAAAGAUGUUCUCUACAAAUGGACAAUGGAGUUGUGGAUGAAAAAAAAAAAAGUAGCAUCACAUGAGUUAAUUUCAGAAUUUAUUGUAACAUGGUGGCAGUUGCUAAUUCUGUACAUAGACCUGUGUUGUUUUUAAAGAAAGAAAUUCUCUCUUAGUUCUCCUGUCAUUUUUUCCCUUUACUGUAUCUGACAAAUCUUAUGAUCCUCCUCCAGAUGUGUUAAAGAGACAAUGAUUUCCAGAUUGGGAAAAGCAUAAAGCACCAAGGUUCCUAAAAAAGUUAUCUUUAAGGCCAGGAUGUAUUUCACGAGUCUUCACAGCUGCUGCUAUGGGUCAUGAGCUCUAAUUGUUGGUGGUGGCUAUGUUUGUGUUAUUCAGCACCCACUUUGCUUAUUUAUAUCCAUAUACAGUAUCAACCCACCAGUUAACCAUUUCAUUUUCUCAGUAAUGGUUGGUGCUAGAUUGAAUCAGCUGGAGGGACAAUUUACGAAACUCUCGCGAUACAUUUACCAUGAUCUUAACACAAUCACAACCCUAACCUCGCGAUAGUUCGUCCAUCCGUCUGAUCCAACCUAGCACUCACCCUCAGUACAAGCCAGUGUAGCCACUGGAAGUGUGACUCUUCAGUGACUUGCUUUACGUUUUAUUUAUGCUCCUUGAUUUCAGGUACUUUAAUAUUACAUGUUUCUUGUAAAUAAUUAUUAAUCCAUCUACAUGUCAUUUGUACAGCAAAAACUGUAGUACGAGUCUGCAACACUAUUUUCAUAUAAAAUAUACUAUAAUAAAAAUUCCACACAUCUUAAAAGGAGUUUGGACUCUGUGUUUCUUACACGCAGACUGUUUACUGGUGAAAUAAGCCUUCUCAUUAAAGGAAAAGAUACAUCUUGUGAAAAAAAAAUGCCCAUGAAAUAUGAUGCUACAGCUAGCCGCAAUUGGCCAUAAUCAUUUCCUGUUAAUACUACAAUGUGAGUGAUUUUGACCAAAAUCCACAAGCAGCCUUCUGAGCAAAAAUGUUUUGAAGUUUAUCUGAAGCUAACAUAAAGCUUCAGUCGUCCAAAUUAGUAAAAUCUAGUUAGUAUGUUUUCAACAUUAUUCUUUUAGUGGCGAGAUCCCUCUCGUAAUUAUAAUUCCACUGCAGCUCAACACUGUCAGAGAAGGAAUUUGAUGCUAAAAAUACUAAAUGUGGCAGAUAUCCACCUGAUUUGACAAACUCAGACUUAAGACAGAUGAACUUUUAUAUGCAUUUCUGCACAUAUUAGCUGUGUGGACACACUGUGGAUUUUGGCCCCUAUCACUCACAUAAGCACAGUUGAAGGGAUCUUUAACAAUUGCCAUUAUGAACAGAAGGAAUGAUUGCAGCAAGGAAAACCUCUUUCAAUGUUGCUGAUGGGCACCUGUUAUUGUAAGACACACAUGAAAAGAAGUGGACCUAACCUUUGACAUUUUCUUUCAGUAACUAGACAUAAGUAGACAGUUUGACCCAAUUUUAUUAGUUUCCUUUGGAAAACCUAUUGCAGACAAAGCAUUGCAACAACACAUCUCAAUCUACAGUGUACACUUACAAAGGGUUGUAAGUAGGAAGGACAGCUGCAACACAACUGGGUGCAGGACAACUGUUUCAGCAACCUAACAAAAAUAAACAUGAAGCUGGUGUUGGGCGGUGACAGUCUGAGUGAGGAAAGGACUCGAUCCUGACCAGUAAAAUAUUUACAAAGACAGCAUUUCAUUGGAAACUGCUGCGUAUUCUACGGUCAGGAAAAUAACAUUUGAACACAAAGGCAACAAAAAGAAAAUGAGGAUCUUAAAAAAAAAAAAAAAAGUACAGCAAUGACAAUUUAAAACCAUAUCUCAUGUUACUCAUAUUUUAGUCCUUGUUUCGUCACAUCUUUACAAAAAUUACUGGACUGCUUUCCUUCUACACCCCCCUCCCCCCCACAUUUCUACAGUU